CAACGGCCCGCGCGGUUCCGCCUGAGGGCCCCGUGGGGGACGGGCAGAGAGCCGGGAGCGACCCCGAGCGACCCCGGGAGCGACAGCCGCCGGACCUGGAAGCUUGCAAUUGCCAGUUCUUCUGGAAGCAGGCCCGGCCAGUCAGCUGCGAUGAACCACGAGUUCUCAACAGGACGGGAGUGACAUGUUUGCAGAAAGGAAGGCUGCAAACAGUUCUUCAAGGCCAAGGUUUGAAGGAAUUCUGAUUGUUGAGAUUGUGGUUCUUUGAAGGUGUACUUAGCCCAUCUUUUGGAUGAAGGAAAGAAGACAAGGAGCUCUAAGAAGAGUAAAAAGCUCACUUUAAAUAAACAUUCAGAAAUGUUUGCUGAUGCCAUGCCAUUACCAAGUAAUCAGCAGAAAUGUGUUGGAAAAACACCCACCGGUGACUUCACAAAAACACCACAGUCAGACAGGCAACCUACAACUUUUCCAGAGCCAUGGGGAAAUGUAGAUGAAAGUUCAGCUGAGAAAGUCAGAGGCCUGCCUGAUGUAGUUGUUGCUGAGGAAGCAGGCAGCAGUGCAUGGAGGUACCCGGCAGAACGGCGGCAGAAGCGUCACCAUGGAGCAGUGACCGAAAUGCAGCAGGAGCUGGACUGCAUUGGCAGGGAGAUGGAAGCCUCUGUUUUGAAUCUUCAAGAAUUCCUUCAGCUUGAAGUGAUGAAAUCAGAUGAAAAGAGUAAACUCCUGUUUGAAAAGAUUGCGUCUGACAUGGCUUUGGAAGGUUUCUCAUUUGAAGGUUUGGAAGAACUCUGGAAUAUGAUCCAUGAGGAAUCCUCAAACAGAAGGAAGUGGAUUAGGGCAGUGGAUGAAUCCCUAAAGGAGAUUGAAAGGAGUCGAGCCAUAAAAAUCGCAGAUGUACUGACCAAGUAUACUGAGAAACUGGAGGAAAUUUCCUUCUUCUUGGCAGCUGAUGUUCACAGGCUCAUUAAUGAUAAGGCCAUGAACAUAAACAGAGCACUGCUGGGUAAUGAGAGGGCAACUGCCAAGCUGCUCUUUAAUCUAAUGAAAUCAGAGCUUGAGAAAGAAAAAAUGCACCAACUGAAAUGGCAAGAGAGAGUCAAGGACUGGAAGCUCAUCCAAAAGAACUGUGUAGUGCAGAGUUUCAGAGAAUUUAUGGCAAGUGAAGAAAUACAGAAUCCCCCAGCUGUGAAAAUGGAAAUGGAAAAGAUGAUAAAGGAGCAGAUUGUACUCAGUGAACAGAGACUGAGGGUUUUGCAGCACAUUGGUGCCUUGUUGCCUCCAACACAUACAAAAUCUGACAUAAAUGAAUGGUACAGAACUCUGGAGAAUUUGAACAAAAGUAUAGACAGCCAUAAUGCAGAGUGUGUGGAGAAAAUGCGUGUGCAGUACGAGCUGGUCCAGGGCAAAUGUCAGGAAAAAGUGCAGACCUGCAAGAUGACCCUGUUGGAUAACAACUUUUGCACAGCAGAAGAUGUUGAAGUUGUGCAUUCCAACAUGCUUCAGAUGACUGAGAAACUAAAAAAUAGGUUUGAAGAAGAACUGGAGCACAUGGAUAGUGAUUUUAAGGAGAUGGCUAAAUGGCAUGAGCAGCAUUGUCAAGGCUUGCACAGCUGUGUUCAGGAGGCCAUGGAUCUCUGGGAUGUUCAUCUACUCCAACUGUCCCAGCAGGAGGAUGUUCUUCAGAAGAAAGUAGAUAAAUACAGAUUGGAACAGGAUAACAUACUACAGGUGCGGAAAGAUAAUCUGGAUACAGUUUUGGAAAAAAUGAAAAUGGCCAGGUGUGAAGAAGAGCUGGAGCAAUAUUUGGAGAAUGCCCUUACUUCUUUAGAUCAAAUUAGAACUAGGAAUGAGACAUUCAAGCAGAUUGUAAUGAAUGAAGUAAUGGCUUAUCCAAAAGCUAUUUUGUGGGAGUUGAUUUCUUACAGUAUAUCCAUCAAUCAGCAUUUUAGUGUGAAGGAAAUCUUCAAACAGAACUUGCAAGGCACGACAGACUCCACAGUUCAAGAUCAAGGGCUCGAGGCAAGGACAUCCCAGCCUUCAGAGCAGGAUGAUCUCCUCUCUCAACUGGUGCCAGAAGAUAGGGACAGUUGUCAGAAAUCAGCUGGAGAAACAAAGCUAACAGAGAAACAGGUGAUCUUGGCACAGGAAAUUGAAGAAACAGAGGAAGAAGAAGAUAAGGAGUGUAUUCCUCAUACAAGUGAAGAAGAUGAGUAUGCAGAACAGGAGCUAAGCAUUGAACAGGAACUGUCCAAGAGCAGAGAGGGAGAAAGUGCUGAAAUUGCCACAGAGGUUUUUUCCACUACUAGUGUGAAUACUUUCACUGUUCUUGGAUUUGAACAGGCAGGAAAGACUGACAUCACAGAGACUUAUUUUACAAAAUAUGAAAAUGAAGAAUCUCUUCCUAUGUACCUGAAACAUGUACUUCUCACAGAAGCCAUGUUUGUCAAACUGAAAGAAAGGAUUCACCUCUGCUUUUCUCAACACUUGGAGGAAUGGUUUGCAGAAUCCUUGUGCAACUCCUAUGUCUUUGUAGCUGCCAAGAAAGAGGAGCUGAAUUCAAUACUCCUGCUGCAUCUUAAGUUGCAUCAACAAAAGCAGGAGGAGAUACAGACAAAUAUCUACAGUGUUCGAGCUGCGGAGCUGUCACUUCACAAGGAGCACCUUGAGCGCCACUGUGCAGUGCUAGCAGAAAGCCUGGAAAAGGAGAAAGCUGAAUUCCUCAGAUUUUCAGACCAGCUCAAUAACCUGAACACAAACUUUAAUUCCCGAGUCCAUAACUUGGAGUAUGACUUGCUCCACGCUCCUGUGACUGAGCAGUCAGCUUCUUCCAGCAAUAAUGUGGAAUCAGAGCUCUGCAACCAUCUGGAAUCAAUCAGGGUUACUGUGAGAAGUUACCAGCAGCACUUGGAGGAAGCUUUUGGAAAAUUAAGGGAUUUCAAUGUGGCUUUUCUCAAAAGUUGCAGAUUAUUUUCAGAGGGUGGUAACUUUGCAUCCGGGGAGGUAAAGUUUUCCAGCGAGUGUCUUCAGAAGGAAAGUAAGCAAAUUGACUUGAUUGAAAGUUCAAUCAAGACAGAUGUGGAGAAAAUAAAAUCGAGCUGCUUGGAGCAGGCUACUGAACUUUUCAAGCAGUCUGGAAAGAAGUUUGCUUCUCUGUCUGUGAGUCGAGCCUUUAUGGAGAAGGUCCAUCAAUAUUUGAGAAAUCUACGAUUGCAAAUCAAAUCAGAGGUAGCAAAUUCCAAUUUGCAGUCACUCACAAUAAAGUCUUACCUGGAAAACCUCCAACAGAAGAAAGAUGCUUAUGUUGAUUCUACUGCAGAUAAAGAAGUAACUUCUAAUCAGCAUGAAAUGGCUUUAACUUCUGAAGAGUUGUAUGCUUUUGCCAGAGACAUGUUGGAAGAACUGAAAAAGAGGUGCGAGUAUCUUGAUUGCUUUGAAGUAAAAGCAAAGAUCCCACCUGACACUGAGGCCUUCACCACUCCUGACAUGGAUGGGACAUUGCAAGAGCACUCAGCCACUCCUGAUGUGCAUCGGAGGUCACAAGAUUCCAUUGCUCCUGCUGUUCCAAGAGAGAGUCUCAGAGAUGAGAGCAAAAGGAUGGUGAUGGGACUGGAUCCUGACAAAUUCCCUUUGUUAAAUCCGAGUGGAAUGGGUACUUCAAUGUUUGAUGAUAUGGCAAUAAAAGUUAUUGGAAAUUUAGCUGGAUUUGACCCAUCCAAAAAAUACCAAGACCUAAAUCGGGGGAAAAAGAAUCCAGUAAAGAAGAGGGUAUCUGAUGCACAUUCUCAGAAGUCUUCUAGCAAGAGGUCAUCUCGAGAUGAAACCAAGAGAAAAAAAAGUGAAAAAGGCAGAAAAUCUCUUACCAAGGAUGAGAGAUUACAGAUAUUUGGAAAGAAGGCUACAGAGUCUGAUACUUUUAAGGGGAUUAUUAUGAAUAUUCUCUGGAAUGGUAACAACACCUUGCUCUGCCUUGGUGAGGAGUUCUAUGGAGACAAGAAGAAUCCUUACUUGGGAAUGUUUGAAGAUCUGCCAGACACAUUUGAACAUUGGGCAGAAAUGCUCAGAGUGAAACUACUCUCAUACCAAAGGCAGACAGAUGAUUACUACAAUUUCUGUCUUAGUGAAUUUCGGGAUCAGCUGAAGUGGUUUGAGGAGGAUCUCUCUUCUGUUUCCCAACUGGUCGUGGAAAGUCUUUUAAGAGAACAUGAGCAGAAACUCAGCUCUUUUACUGGUCAAAUUCAGCAUCUCUUCAACAGACAGCUGAAAGAUUGGGAAGAUAUGAAGACUGUGCACCGGAGAAAAUUACAUUACUCCCUAGGACAUCCAAAUAACUCCCUUCAGCUGGAGGCUUUGUGCCAAGAGGAAAUAAAAAGGCAAAAAGAGCAAACUGAUGGUGUUCACCUCAACACAAAGAUGCUGCAGGAUUGUGUUGCUGAAUGUGCUCAGAGCUUUUUUUCUGCACUGGCUGCCCUCACUGAAAAGCUCCUGCUGGAACUAGAUGAAACAAUCGCUGUUGAUGAUGUAAAAGUAGCAGGAACUGAAAUACCCACAGAGAAGAUGCCAACUUUAUUGUGUCGUGAACAAACUGAACUUCCUCCAGGAACCUCCAAAGUUCAACACUUAGUCAAACGAGGAAGGAGGUCUUGGCCAGGCAUACCCGAGACUUCUGUUCCUGACACUCCAGACUAUAUUCUCUGCAGAGGAACUGCAUCAGUUUCAACAGCUAAGACCACCCUGGGCCAUCUGGCAGUGGUGGAUGCAAGACAAGCUGCAUACAAGAAAUACAAAAGUAAAGUUGAACAGCUGUUUGCCCAGAUCAAGGAAGAAAGUGCAGAUCAGCUGCUGGCAAUUCAGCGUUGGAGUGAUUGGUGGGAAGAAUCUGUCCGCAAGAUCAAGAGACUCUACAUCUGAGAUCAGUCAAAUUUUGCUGAGCUUUGUUGGUGUAAAUUGAAAAAAUUUGUAUGAAUGUCACUGAUAAUUUUUAUCUUAUUAAUCUGCUGCAUUGAAAAAAGCUCAUUUUGCCUUUUUGUUUGUUUUGCCAUGUUACCACUCGUUUCUUCAUGU